GGGCGGAGAGGGGGCGGGACAGGAGGAGGGGCCUCAGAACCAAACUCCGGGUGAGCUCAUCUUGGCUCCUCACUCUGACGCAGAAGUCACGUGAAGAAGGUAGCCAAUGGCGGCACGCGGGCGUGGUUGCCGCAGAAGGCGAAGCACGGGCAGGGACCCGGGGAAAGGCUCCGGCUCGGCCUCGGCUCCUGGCUCCGGCCCCGGCCCCAUUGCCCUGCCGCUACCGCUACCGCUACCGCUCCCGGUGCCAGAAGCGAUGGCGGCCGUUUUGGGCCCCAACGCUCUGGCUCGGUUCCGCUGGGGCUCUGCGUUCUGCUCCAUCGCAGCCGGCGGCUUGGGCGCCUUCGCGGCAGCCUUCGCCAAGCUGGCCCUGAAGCCCACCGUGUCCCAGGCACCGGAGGAGGAGGAAGACAUGGAGGAGCUCCCCUACCCGCCUCCCAUGCAGCUGACCUUGAUGUUUCGACUGAUGGCCUUUUCUUUGAUGAUUGUUAGCAACUCGCUGAUGUGGGCCUUCUUUUCCAAAGCGCUCAGCAUUUCUUCUUCUUCUGCUACAGCGUCGCUGACAAUGACUGCGUCUAACAUCAUUGCCUCCGCCUUCCUGGGUUACCUGUUGUAUGGAGAAUACUGUGCCGUGAUGUGGUGGGCUGGUGUCGUCCUGAUCCUCUAUGGACUCGCACUGAUGCACAUAAGCUCGACGGCCGAUGAGGAGCUGGAGGAGAAGAAGAAUCAGUAGGGACAGGCCUGAAGCUGAACCCGUUCCUUGUGCUCUUGUCAGCCCUUCAGAAUCCUAAGCCUCAAGAAGGCCACAGUUCUGGGGGAGCAGUUGUGUCCUGUUGUUGUUGUUUUUUUUUUUAAUUCCUAUCUAUGGAAGAAACCAAUGCUAGACACCAUCUGAUUGACUCAUGCUUUAAGGAUCUCUUCAGGCAGGGUGUGUUCAUGUCAUUAGGCCUCUUUUCCCUGGGAGACCCAGUCUCUGGCAAGUGGAUUUUUGCUUCUGACUUAGUUGAGAAAUUCUGCUAGAUGUCUAGAAACCCCAAGGAGAAAGAAAGCAGUAUUCUUGCUGGAGUUGUUCAGAUUUUUCUGUUCCUUCUGCCUAGGGAACAGAUCCCAAGAAAAGGCUUGGCCUCUGGUCAGCAUUUCUCCUUGGGAUGUCCGAGACAGAAUGGAGAAGGCUGGCCUUGGGAUUGAUCAGGGGUCUGAGUCUUUCUUGCUCUCUUUCUGUGGAGCCCCAGGAAAUCCAGUAGUAUGUUUAUCACAAACCAUAAAUCUUAAUUUAAUUUGGAUUUAUGGUCAGUUGGUAUUAUUGAUAUGUGCCAAUAACAAUUCCUAAGUAUCCAGGAUAGAUAAGGCCCUAGGGCAGAAACAAUAACAGCAAUGCCAUUCCCUGCCCUCAAAGGGUAAACAGUAUUUAUGAAGGAGACAAGGUCACAAAGAAGAAUACAGAGUAGAAAGUGAUGAAGCCAAAAAAAAAAAAGAUAAAAGCAAAGGAAAGGUCUAAGAUUAGGGUGUCUUGAUCAUUUGGGGGGGCAUAGGCCCCUUUGGCAGGCUGGUGAAGAAGCCUUUGGACCCUUUCUCAGAAUAUGGUUUUUUAAAUAGUAAAACAAAAUACAAAAGAUUACAAGGAAACAAAAUUGAAAUAGUUAUCAAAAAAAAUUUUAAUAACUACAUGGACACCUAGUUUUAGAACCCCUCAUCUAAGACAGUGUACCAUAAGAAAUUUAAGGAGGGUGCCCAGGUUAAGAACUCCUAGUUUAAUAUGUGCCAUAAGAAAUAUGAGGAGAGAGAAGUCACUUUCAGAUAGGGAGAGGCCAAGGAAGCCUUUCCAGAAGAGGUGGUUGCUGAGUUGGCAUAUAAGGAGGAUUUCAGAAAGAAGAAAGGUAGAAGAAAUGAGUUGCAGGUAAGGAAGAGCCUUGACAGAUAGAAUGGGAGAAUGCAGAAAAGUUAGUUGUUUAGUUUGUGUAGAGGUAGAAUUCAUGGGAGAAGGUAGUCUGAAAUCAGGCUCAACAGGUAGGGAAGAGCCAGACUGGAAAGGAUCUUAAAAUGCCAGGGGUACCCGCUAUGGCGUCUCCCAACCCUCAAGUAUGACUGUGUGCCAUGCACAGUGCUAGAUGCCAAUGAAACCAAGACAGAAAAUGAACCAUCCCUUCUUGUUAGGAGCUUGUAUUCUAAUAGGAGAGGCAAAUACAAAUGUGACUGCAAAUCUAUAUAAAGCAGGUAGGGUUCUACUCCCUAUCUCCCCACCACUUCUAGACGCUACAGCCUUCAAAGAACAAUCAGAAUUUCCUUUUAAUUGCAUUUGAUAAUACUUGUGGUUCUGAAUGAUUUGAACACCCCAAAAGUGUAUUAGGGACAUUCUCCAGUCUGACUCCUUUCUUCCUCUGAAAGAACAAAGUCACCCCAAAAAGGAAAAGAAAAGCAGGCAGAUUCUGUUAAGAGAAGUAUGGAAUGUGAUUACAAUGGAUAGUCAAAGAAUAAUUGCAAUGUUAAGAAAAACUGAGUUCUUUAAAAAAACAACAAUACAAUUGAUAAACAUACAAUUGACACCAAUCUGGUACCUCCUCACCUUACUGGAGAUCCCCAUUUCCUGAAGAUCCCCAACCAUGCUUGUGCUUGCUUCAUUCCUAGCUCUCUCUCCCCCCACCGCUUUACCUGCUUAGCAGCCUCAUCCCCAGCUUGAUUACCCAAAUCCCACCCCCAAGCCCCUUUUCCAGCUCCCCUUUAUGUGCUGUAUUCCUGCAGUAGGAUGUAAGCUCCUUGAGAGGAGGAACUGAUUUGUCUGCUUGUAUUUGUAUAGUAUAGUGUCUAGCAUGUAAGUGCUUAAUAAAUCUAGCAAUCAAA